AUGCCUGUUACCAAUUUCUCAACGCCCGAAAAGUACCAGUAUCUAAAUGGUUUCGGGUCGUACCACGAGAGUGAAGCUAUCCCCGACACCCUUCCUAUUGGUGCCAACUCUCCCCAAAAGCCCAAUCACGGCCUUUAUGCCGAGAAACUUUCCGGAACGUCCUUCAUUGCGCCCCGAAGUGAGAACCAACAAACUUGGGCCUACCGUAUCCUUCCCUCCGCGGCGCACCUCCCAUUUGAGCGGAAUGGCGAACACGAAGCUACAACCACAAUUCAUCACAUUCCUCAACAACUUCGAUGGGACCCUUUUGACCUGGACGACUCCGUUGAUUGGGUCCACUCACUAAAGCAGUUGGGAGGAGUGGGAAGCCCGGCGACAAAAACAGGCUUGGGCAUAUACAUCUAUGCGGCGGCGUCCUUUACGGACGAUACGGAUGGUACCUCCUGGACGAUCUAUGCAAAGUAUAAUAGCAACAUGUUUGUUGCAAAUCAAAGCCAUACCCCGUUCGAUGUCGUCGGCUGGCACGGCCUCUACUACCCGUACAAUAUUUACACCGUCCUAUGCAACCCGACAGCCGACUUCGUCAUAUUCCCACCGCGGUGGCUGGUGCAAGAAGACACGUUCCGACCGCCGUGGUACCACCGCAACACAAUGUCCGAGUUUAUGGGACUCAUCAUGGGGAGUAUGAUGCCAAAACUGGCGGGGCUUCCGCGCAGCCGGCGCUAG